UGCACGUCUCUCAGCAGUGGAAUGUGUGGAAUGUGUUUCCUGUGUUCGGCUGCAUCAUGAGCCGCGCAGCUCCGUUCUUCAGCUCGGUCUCCGCGCUUUUCCGUGAGUUUCGGCGGAGAUCGCGAGGCGAAUGAGCGGCGCAGUGAUGGCGGAGCCGCUGCUCAAACGAACCUUCUCCAAACUCCGCGCAAAAGAGCGAUUCCGCCGCAAGACGGACCCCAAACUCACCGAAGUGACAGGGAAGGUGGACCUUUUCCAAAGUUCUUCAUCAACUGCAUCCACCUCAGGUCAUGCCGAGACAGAGAGCUCCACUGUGGAGGAGUGUACCAGACGCUCCCAGAUCACCGUCUCCAAAAAACAAAACUGGGCCAAACUUCCCUCUACAAGCAAAGACCCAGCCAGCACAGAUCUGUGUACGAGCCUGGUCUACGGGCCACAGGACUGGGAUUUGUGCUCAGGAAAGGCUGAGGUCUCAAAACAGGCCUGGAGCCAAAGGACUUUGAGUGAAGAUGGUUUGAAGAGGAAGCGGAAUGAUCUGGAAUUGGAGUUUGGAUAUUCCAGGACACCGUGCGAUUCCGUUGACGCCGGUUUGCCGGAGUUGACCCCUGCAUCUGCAGCUUUUGUGGAUGUGUGUGCCUCUUCUAGCUCAGCGAAGAUCUCUGGGCAAGGCGCCUACCUCCAGCACCUGGACAGGAGUAGUCGGGCCUGGGUACUGUCCACAGGAAAGCCCCAGUCGUCAGAUGAAGUCCUCCCAACCAGAAUCGCAGAGUGGCGACAGGGCCCAGGCGGAGAUGGAAACAUUUGGUACAACCCCAUUCCUGAAGAGGACGACUCGAGGGCCACCGGAGGAGCAGCUCAGGAAAAAUAUGGAGAUCCGUGGAGAAGGAGAGAAACUGAGGAAUCGGCAAAGGAGAAAAGAGAUCAGAAACGAUCAGGGGGGUUGAGUCCCACCGGCGUCCAUCAAAUGAGAGAGAUUCAAACUGAGGCCAACAUCAUCAGGGCGGAUAGUUCGGAUCUGGUUGUGCUACAGUCGGACUGUAUUAGCUCUGCUAGUGGUGUGAAAUCUGACAGUCCCGGGGCGCCAAAGAAAAGCUCGGGAGAGGGUGGAAGUGGCAGCAGUGUGAUCGACAAGAUCAAGUCUCCAGGAACAGUGCGGCGGCUUUCUAUGAAGAUGCGUAAGCUUCCGGAACUAAGACGGAAGCUUAGCCUACGCUCAUCCCGUAAUCAGCGCAACGGACAAGGGAACGCCAGCAGUGCACCGGGAGCGUCCGAUGAGGCUUCGCCACCAAAUGCACACAAGGAAUCGUCCAACGUCAUCAGUAAGUACCACCUGGACUCCAGUGCACCUGCAAGGCCAAGGCGUCGAUCCUCUCGAACGCGUUCUGCUAGUAAAGGAGGAUAUCUUAGCGAUGGAGACUCACCAGAACUCUUGCCAAAGCAGGGCUCGGGUCAGGGGUCGAAAGAGUCACCUACACCACCACCGCACCGUGGACCACAGGAUUCACUCGCUGUGGCAGACGUAGAGUCGUUCCGCUUGUACUCGCUGCCGGAUCAGCAUCGCUGUGCUCAGAGACUUUCAGGGCUGCUCACGGUGCAUCUGCUGGGCGUCGAUGAGCUGCUACGAUCCGCUCGGAACGACGCUACUAAAGAAGUCUUCUGUGCCAUUCAAGUGGACGGCGUGACCCGGGCUCGAACGUCCCUGCUUACCUGUCGAGGGGCAUUUCUCCCACUAAACCACACCUUUAACCUGGAGCUCGAGAGGGCACGGCUGCUCAAACUGGUCAUCUUGACGCCGACGAAUGCCAGCGGAAACAACGGCUCUGCAGUGCCUGCCGCUCCCGCACGUAACCGGGUGUGCUGUCUGGGUGCUGUGGCUAUACCGCCCCUCUUCAAGGCUUCUCGCAGUCAGCAGCUGUGUGUCCGUCUGGAGCCUCGCGGUUUGCUGUAUGUGAAGUUGACCCUUCUGGAGCAGUUUGUGACCCCGUUCCCCCGCCUCAGUGACCUGCCUCCUCCUAAUGUGUUCGGGGUGGAGCUGCGCCACCUGGUGGAGAAGGAGACGUCUGCGCUCAAAGUGCCUCUGAUCAUUCAGAAGUGUGUUUCUGAGAUCGAGAGGAGAGGACUGAGGGUGGUGGGAUUGUAUCGUCUUUGUGGCUCCGCAGCGGUGAAGAAGGAAUUGCGGGAUGCGUUUGAGAGGGACAGUGUAGGGGUUACCUUAAACGAUGAGCUCUAUCCCGACGUCAACGUCAUUACCGGCAUUCUGAAGGACUACCUGCGUGAGCUGCCGUCUCCUCUCAUCACGAGGACCCUGUAUGAAGUGGUGUUAGAGGCCAUGAUGGUUCGGCCGGCCUGCAGAAACGACAGCGACGCUCAGAGAUCACAGAACACCGUCUCGCUGCUGCAGUGUCUUCCUGAAGCAGAGCGGGCGACUCUUUGCUUCCUGCUGGAUCAUCUGAGUCUGGUGGCGUCUUACAGCGACAGCAACCGAAUGACGUGUCAGAAUCUGGCCGUGUGUUUCGGGCCGGUUCUCCUGACGCCCACGCAGGAGUCGUGGCAGGCCGGGAUGACGGCCCCCGGAUCAGGGGCCCUGACGGGGUCCGGGGCCGGUCGAGGAGGCCGUAGUUUUGCACACAGUGAAGAGAUCGCCAGCGCCGUGGACUUUAAACGACACAUCGAGGCGCUGCACUAUCUCCUGCAGCUCUGGCCUGUACCCAAAGGACGAGUGACGGAUGACUCUCUGGCGUCCCAGAGUUCCUUGCAGGUGGUCGUUUCCCGCAGGGGGCGUGGCCGGCUGGAGAGCCCGCCCUGUAACCGCUACGCCGGCGAUUGGAGCGUUUGUGGGCGGGACUUCCUGUCGAACGACGAGGCGGAUUAUGACGAGGUGGCAGGCAGCGAGAGCGACGACGAUAUGGAGGAGCCGAAGAAGAGGGACGUAUGGACGUCUCCCGACAGUCUGUACGUGGACGACUUUGCGCUCGACUUUGACGCUCCGUUCACGUGCCGACUGAGUCUGAAAGACUUCGACACUCUGAUUUCAGAUUUGGAGAGAGAGUUAGCCAAACAAAUCAACAUCUGCCUCUGAACCAGACUGAAUCUGUGCGUGUUCGUCAUUUUGAGCUGAGCACUCGACAGAUGCGUUUUAAUAGUUAAAAAUAGAGUAACUUUAAAAAACGCUUCUCGAGACAUGAGUUCUGUUGCAUGUGUAGUAUUGACACAAAACGACAACUACAAGUUGCCAAGGAAAUGCCAACAUAAAGGCACGUUCACAACAAGGAUGAUUACUAUAAAGAUAUAUUACGUUUUUAAUAUUAAAGAAUAGCAGAGUCCACACCGCAGCUGUAACGAUAAAGACACAGAGAAACGAUAUCAUUGGAAUCGCUUUCAAAAUUAUUUUUUCCAGCGAUACAAACAUUGACAGCCAAUCAGAAUCCAUCCUGCUAUAAUGAACUCGAGAAUUUAAAGCAGCAGACGAGCGUGCGUGUCUUUAUUUAGAAUAAACCGAUGAUAUCGUCCGCUGGUGUGGAUGCUAAUAUCGUUAUAUUUAUCUUCGUUCUUAGUGUGAACGGGUUUGACUUUACAGUCAAAAUGAAAAUAAAUACUGUAUUUUCCAGAGAAUAAAUUGCAUCGUUAAGAGAAGAAAAAAAAAAAAACAUAUGCAAGUUGCAUCUGUGUUAAGACACAUUUACAUAACAGUAAAUAAAACAAAAUGUUUACAAACAUUAUAAAGAUAUAUUGUAGAUUAAAAAAUAAUAAAGUUAAUUUGGACUUUUUUUCUCACAAUUCUGACUUUUUUUCUCAAAAUAUACAAACUCUGAGAUAUAAACUCAAGAAAUAUGAGAGAUAAACUUGUAAUUCGGAGAAAAAGAGUCAGAAUUGUGAGAGAAAAUGUUGCAAAUACCUUUUUUAUUUUUUAUUUCGUCACGUAAAUAAAAUUGCGGAAAAAAUAUAAUUGCGAGAUAAAAAUAGUAGAAUUAAGUUUUUAUUUAGUUGCAAAAACGAAAGUGAACAAAAACUAGAACUGCGAGAUUUAAACUAGAAAAAAGAAAAAAAAUGCGAGAUUUAAACUUAAAAUUGCAAGUUUAUAUCUCACAAUUCUGAGUUUAUAUCUUGCAAUGAAAAGAAUUGCUCUUUUCACGGAAUUUGCGAGAAAAAAAAUCUGAAUUUGCGAGUCGCAGUUACCUUUAUUUCAUUGUGGAAACAGACAAACAAAAAACAACAGCUGCAAUAAUAUUAGUCACUAUUCUGAGUUUAUAAAAAUAGCAAUUCUCAAAGUUGUGAGAAAAAAAAAAAGGGCCAAAUUGUGAGAUAAAAAGGCGCAAUUAACUUUUUAUGCUUUUAUUUUGUGGUGGAAAUGGGCUUCCAUAAAAAUCACAGCACAUUUCAGAAGAUAAAAAAUGUGACUUAUACUCUGGAAAAUAUGGUAGGUUUACUGAUUGAUAAAAUGUAUUUUUUUUCCAAAGUAUUUUGUCAUGCAAUAAAUGUUUUCAUUGUUGGGUUUUUGUGCCCAAUCACUCCGAGAACCUUUGAUAGCAACUACUGUAACAUAAUACCAACAAGCACAAAAACUUGAUUUUUCUUCAUUGUUCUUCUGAAGGGGAGACGCGUAUCGAUUAUUAUAAUAUGCUAUAUCGUGCAUUAUAACACAGUAUAAACACUAAUGAGGUGGCCGGUGCUGAAGGAUGACGGCAGGCGGUUCGUCUGCACUACAUUUGUGUGAAGUUUCUCUUAUUUAAAGCUCUGUGUACGACUCUUAUUCCAGAAGGCUGGUUUGUGACGACCAGCUGUGUUUGGGCCAAGAUUUCAUCACUCUUUCCACCAGGACAUUCCGUUACGUGCGUUUCUUCGCCAGACUCGCUUUGGCAACGGCGACAUGAAGCCUUAGUUUUACUUUGCAGAAUUAUUUUUUUCCUGCGUAAGGUUUAACAGUGAACGUAUUUAUUACAUUCCCUUGAGGUCACGUCAUAGGAACGUUCUGGGUUUGAUGCAGCCUGACAGCAUUUGUGACAUAAUGUUGAUUUGAGUGUGAGAAGCCAAAGACAAUAUUUGACAUAAUGGGGCUUCGGUAAUUGAUGUUAUUUAAAGGUUAAGCGUGUCAUUUCUUUCCUAAAAAGCUUUUCCUAAACACUCGUCCUGUCUGUCAUUGGUCAGCCAGACAGAUAGCUCCGCCCUAAACUCACGUGAUUGGAUGAGUCAGAAGUCACUUAAACAGACAAAUCAAUGUUUUGAAAGUGUCACAAUGUGACAUUAAACAGCAUUUAAAGUAAUUCAAAAGUAACCAAAAAAAUUAAAUGUAUUGAAUCCAGAACAUUCGUUUAAAGCUGAAUUUCUGUUUGAGAUGCGAGUAGGCAAUCAGUAAAAUGAGAGACCUUUAAUAUAGUGUUAAUUUUGACUGAAUUUGCACAGUUCAUUAUGCCAAAAUGUUUAGAUUCAGGUUUGUUUUUUCAUAUUCAGAUAUAAAUGCUAAAACGACACGAUGCAUCAGGACAUGCACAUGCACUAGGAAGUGUGCACUCAUUUUUUUUUUAACCUUGUGUCUUUUAUAACCUGUAUUAUUAAGCCAAAGACUGUUGUGAUGAUUAUUGCACUUCUGUGUCUAGUUUUCUGGAUUGUGCUUGUGCUGCUUUAGCUGAUUUGAGAUCAGUCUGUUACUGAGAGCAGCUCUAUGUUUCAUAUCUGAGCACGGUACAAAUAAUCUCAACUGUGAUUUGAUUCUAAAAGCCACAAAUGGAAUAGAAAGGCCAUGACUGAGCUCACCAGCUCCUUAUGCAAACCCAUUGACAUGUUUUAUUUGAAUUUAGAUUUGUUUAGUUGUAUAAACAGUAUUAUUAUAUUCUAUUAUUGCACCUGUAACAUUAAGCACUUCUGUCUGUGCUCAUGCAUAGCUAAAACGCAGCGAUACACACAUGUGUGUGUGUGUGUGUGUGUGUGGAUGAGAUGUACCAUUCAGUGUUAUGUUAAAGAAAUAAAGCACAGUGUUGCGUUUCUACAAUGUGUGUUUUCUCUGUAUUCACCGUCCUAAGUGUCAUUUAAAGGGAAAGUUAAAGGAAUAGUUCACCCAAAAAUGAACAUUUGCUGAAAAUGUGCUCACCCUCAGAUCAUCUCAGAUUAGGAUGAGUGUGUUUCUUCAUCAGAUUUGGAGGAAUGUC